AUGGCGGAGCCGCGGCGCGUCGCGCUGAUCAGCCUGUCACCGGGGAGGCGGCGCGAGCCCGACUUCCCGGGGCUGGAGCGCGAGCCCGACCGCCAGGAGCCGCUGCCCUUCCGCGACGCUGCGCGGGACGCGACCCCACGGCCGGACGCGCCGCCGCCGCCGCCAGCGCCGACGCCGACGCCGACCCCGGCCCGCGAGAAGCCGCCGCCGCCGCCCGACGUCGGCCGGGCCGAGCCCUCGCCCGAGCCCUCGCCCAUGGCGCUGCCGCCGCGCGAGCCCCCGCGGCCCGACCCGCCGCCGCCGCCGCUCCCGCUCCCGCACCCGCACUCGCACUUGCCCCUGCCCCCGCCGCGGGAGCCCGCCGCCGCCGCCCUCGUUGAGCCGCCGCGCGCCACGGUGCGCCUGGAGCUGGUGCUCAAGGACCCGACGGACGACAGCUGCGUGGAGUUCAGCUACCCCGAGCUGCUGCUGUGCGGGGAACAACGGAAGAAGCCCAUUCAUACAGAAGACCCAUUUAACGAUGAGCAUGAGAGGCAAGAAGUAGAAAUGCUGGCUAAGAAGUUUGAAAUGAAAUAUGUGGGAAGCCCCAGUAAGCACCGGAAGGAUCGCUACAUAUUUAUUGAUAUAGGCUUUGGCUAUGAUGAGACAGAUCCAUUUAUUGAUAACUCAGAGGCUUAUGACGAAUUAGUUCCUGCUUCUCUAACAACAAAAUAUGGAGGCUUUUAUGUCAACACUGGUACUCUGCAGUUUCGCCAAGCUUCAGAUACUGAAGAAGAUGAUAUUACAGACAACCAAAAGCACAAGCCACCCAAAGUUCCCAAAAUAAAAGAAGAGGAUACCGACAUGAAGAAGCGGAAGCGGAAAGAGGAAGGGGAAAAGGAGAAGAAGCCAAGGAAAAAAGUUUCCAAACAAUUGGGAGUUGUGGCUCUAAAUUCACACAAAUCUGAAAAAAAGAAGAAGCGCUACAAAGAUUCUCUUUCUCUGGCUGCCAUGAUACGAAAAUUCCAGAAAGAGAAAGAUGCCCUCAAGGAGUCAAGCCCCAAAGUUUCCACCAGCUUGCCCGUCUCCUCUCUGACUAAGCCCCCCACCACUACCGUUGUGCUGGGAAAUGACGCUUCGGACCUGACCCUGGGCACUGCUGAUCCUGACCUCCCCAUUUUUGUUAGCACAAAUGAACAUGAACUCUUUCAGGAAGCUGAGGAUGCCCUAGAGAUGCUAGAUGACUUUGACUUCGACCGGUUGCUGGACGCCGCUUCUGAUGGCAGCCCCCUCUCCGAGUCGGGGGGUGAGAAUGGUAGCGGCAUUCUGCCCAGCUUCACCUCCGAGGUUCUGCCUAAGGUGAUACCCUUGCUCCCAGACGGUCUGCCUGUCCUCCUGGAGAAACGGAUUGAAGACCUCCGUGUAGCUGCCAAACAUUUUGAUGAAGAAGGAAGGAAAAAAUUCUUUACACAGGAUAUGAAUAAUAUUCUUCUUGAUAUUGAGUUGCAGCUACAGGAAGUGGGCCCUGUCAUGCGAAGCGGCGUCUACUCACACCUCGAAGCUUUCGUUCCAUGCAAUAAGGAGACACUAGUCAAACGUCUCAAGAAGUUGCAUCUCAAUGUCCAGGAUGAUCGUCUGAGAGAACCUCUGCAGAAACUCAAACUGGCCGUUAGCAAUGUCAUGCCUGAACAGCUGUUUAAAUACCAAGAAGACUGCCAAGCCCGGAGUCAGGCCAAGUGUGCCAAGUUGCAAACAGACGAAGAACGAGAGAAAAAUGGAUCUGAGGAAGAUGAUGAUGAGAAACCAGGGAAACGUGUUAUAGGACCUCGGAAGAAAUUCCACUGGGAUGACACCAUUAGAACGUUAUUGUGUAACCUUGUUGAAAUCAAAUUGGGAUGCUAUGAGUUGGAGCCAAAUAAGAGUCAGUCGGCAGAGGAUUAUCUCAAAUCAUUUAUGGAAACCGAGGUGAAACCAUUGUGGCCGAAGGGCUGGAUGCAGGCAAGAAUGCUUUUUAAGGAAAGCCGGAGUGUACACAACCAUCUCACUUCUGCUCCGGCAAAGAAAAAGGUGAUCCCUGCACCCAAACCUAAAGUAAAGGAGUGCAGCCCCAAGAAGGACCAGAAGACUCCUACAGCUGUGGCGGCUUCUGUGGCUGGCCCUUCCACAAGCUCCAGCACAUCUGCCAUGGCCUCCACCAGCUCUGGCUCAACUCCUGCCCAGGAGACCAUCUGCCUUGAUGACUCACUCGACGAUGACCUGGCUUUCCCCCCACCUGCACUGGAUCUGGUCUCUGAAGCUCUAGCAGUGAUCAACAACGGGAACAAGGGCCCUCCGCCUGGUUCUAGGAUAAGUAUCCCCACCACCAAACCUCGUCCAGGACUGAGAGAAGAGAAGCUGGCAAGUAUCAUGAGUAAGCUGCCACUAGCUCCUCCCAAAAAACUUGAGUCUGCCCAGGCGGCACAUUCGUCGAGCCUCAUUGCUGGCCACACCGGACCAGUACCAAAGAAACCCCAGGAUUUAGCUCAUACUGGCAUCUCUUCAGGCCUUAUUGCUGGUUCCUCAAUUCAGAACCCGAAAGUCUCCUUAGAACCUUUGCCUGCGAGGCUACUUCAGCAGGGACUGCAGAGGUCGAGCCAGAUUCAUGCUUCUUCCCUGCCCCACGUCUCCUCCUCUUCCCAAGCCCAAGUUGCUGCCUCGUCUCAUGCUCUGGGAUCAUCAGAGGCUCAAGACCCUUCUUCGUUAACGCAAGUGACAAAGGUGCACCAGCAUUCAGCUGUCCAGCAGAACUACGUGUCUCCACUACAAGCGACCAUUAGUAAAUCCCAGACCAACCCAGUGGUGAGAUUGAGUAAUAACCCCCAGCUCUCCUGUUCCUCCUCACUCAUGAAGACUUCCGAUAAGCCACUCAUGUACCGCCUUCCCUUGUCUACUUCCACGCCUGGAAAUGGUUCUCAAGGGUCCCACCCUCUGGUCUCUAGGACUGCACCUAGCACCACUACCUCCAGUAACUAUUUAGCCAAGGCGAUGGUGUCACAAAUCUCCGCGCAGGGUUUCAAAUCUCCUUUUUCAAUGGCCGCAUCUCCCAAACUUGCCGCGUCUCCAAAACCUGCCACGUCUCCCAAACCCUUGCCCUCACCUAAGCCUUCUGCCUCACCCAAGCCCUCUCUGUCAGCGAAGCCUUCCGUGUCCACAAAACUUAUUUCUAAAUCCAACCCACCCCCAAAGCCCACUGUUCCCCCAAACUCUUCCAGCCCGAAUGCACUAGUAGCCCAGAGUAGUCACUCCAGUAGUACCAACCCUGUCCACAAACAGCCCAGUGGGAUGAACAUCAGUAGACAUUCUCCCACCUUGAAUUUGUUGCCCGCUAAUCGCACUCCGGGCCUUUCGUCUACAAAAAGUCUCCAGGCCCCUUCAAAGCUAACCAACUCUUCCCCCACGGGAAGUGGCGGGAAGAGCAGCUUGAGUGGCCUUUCCGUGAAUGUUCCUGCCAGCAGAGGUAGCAACAUCAACUCAAGCAGCGCUCAUAGGACUAGUGUACCAGGGGGAACAGGAAGUGGAACACAGGGUGCUACCAAACCAUUGUCUGUUCCACACAGACCAUCCUCUGCCUCAGGGUCUUCAGUGGUAACAGCCAGUGUGCAGUCCACAGCAGGAGCAUCAUUAUUGGCUAAUGCCUCACCUCUGACUCUCAUGACAUCACCUUUGUCUGUAACAAAUCAAAAUGUGACUCCUUUUGGGAUGCUGGGUGGCCUUGUUCCAGUGACCAUGCCCUUCCAGUUUCCCUUGGAGCUCCUUGGCUUUGGGACGGACACUGCCGGAGUGACAGCCGCCUCAGGAUCUACCUCAGCCGCUUUCCACCACAGCCUAACUCAGAAUUUACUAAAGGGUUUACAGCCAGGAGCUCAGCAUGCAGCACCUCUCUCCCACUCACCUCUGCCCACGCACUUACAACAGACAUUUACCGAUGGAGGCCAAAGUAAAGGGGACACUAAAUUACCACGGAAAUCUCAGUGACUUCCCAGCAAGCCAAGGAGAUGAGACACUUAGCUGGCUGAUGGGAUCUACCUGAUGCGAACGUACUGUUUUGGUCCUAGGGCUGCUGUUCUGUCGAUGUUUACAUUCUCUCGUCCCGAGCACUGUGGUGAGGAGGAAAAAGAAAAACAUUACUUGAGUAAAGCCAGCUGCAGGAGGAAAACGUGCUUCCAGCAAAGUUAGUGACCGUUGGUCCCUCCUAAGGAAAGAUAAAGUCACCCUAUUAACUGACUUGAAAGAGACUCAGUUGUCAAACCCACAGAAGUAUAAAUUUGGUUUUUCCCGGGAAGGGUGAGGAAGAAAUUGAGAAUUUGGGUAAAAACUCCAUCCAUCCUGGGGGUUGGAUUUGAACACUUGCAGGCAUAAUUGCAUGGUAGAAGGCAAUAGUUGUUGGAAUGAGGCAGUUGUUAGGAGCAAUGACCAGACUUGUGUGAAUGGACUAUGCAGCAGCUUUGCCACAACAGCAAUUUGACUCUGUGUGGUAGAGGCAGGGCAGAGUCAAUGCUGUAUCCCGCAAAUCCUGAGCAGACUUGAAUUUUCUCCAGUUCGUAGCCACUGCCUGUGGAGGCCAGGGGGCUGCAGGUGCUCCAGGAAAGUUCUCUUAGCACAGUUAGGGUAUUCAGUCCUCAAGAUUUUUAAGUCACGAAGUGAAGCGUUAUUGCUCUUCGCAGAUGAAACCUUGGCGUCUCCUUCUUGUGAAAGGGGUCGUUUUAUCUCCCAGUGAGGAGCAGGUGAUACGUGCGGCUGUUAUUUAUUGAUUGGUCCAUUCCCAUCACCAUUCUUGAGACUGAAGCGUGACUCGCUCACGUUUUUCUCUCAAGACCUGGGGCAUCUUCGAAACAGGGCUGCGGUGUUGGUGCUCUUUCAUUCUUUGCAAGCCACCACCACAAAUUGUACAUACCCCCAGCUUCAUCUCCGUUCACAAUUUCUUUCUGUUCUUUUAGUUAGUGGUACUUCAGGGGUGAUAUUAACUAUUGAUAUGAAAAGGUGUGUGUCCAGCAUAUACUUCUUCAUUGGUCAUUCAGAUGGCAUAUAUAUAUAUUUUUGGAAUUUUUAAGAUAGUAUUUUAAAGGGAGUAAUUACAUUUAGGAUCAUUAUGUGUACAAGGAAUUAUUUUUUAUAACAAUCACAGUGUAUUUAUACUCCUUUGUGUUCAGCAUAGUGAGACUGAUUUGGAGCAUUUGGGAUCGUAAAGCUUUAUUACUAUUUACUCAGAGUAUUGAUACAUGAGUCAGUCUUCACAUGAGACUCCUUAGUCAUUUAACCUUCCUUAUGCAAAUAGAAUAUUCAACAAAGGAUUUUAGGAGAUUGUUUUCUCUUUAAAUACAUUUAAGUUUUUGCCUCCCCCUUUCAAUCUUCCUUCACCGUUCUUGUCAGUCAGAUUCACUUUCUCCCUUCUUUUCUCUUUUUUACCUACCUCUCUACCAUCUCUCUCUCUUUCCCCUCACUUCCUCUUUCCCUUACUUCUCUUGGGCUUCUGAGUGUUUGCAAACUGAACCCAUGAAUGGUAAAAGCUUGGUCUGUUAUAAUGCUAAAGUAACCCAAAACACAGCAUCAGAUUUCCCGUAACAAGAUUUCUUGCAUGUUUUCAUUGCAAGUCACCUUGUAUUUUUUAGCUUAUUCGGGUAAGAGCUGUCUUUCCUUUUUACUUUUGUUUACAAAAAAAAAAAGUCCCAAAUAGCCUAUCAGAUAGUGAAUGAACACCACAGAUCUGUGUAGAUCUGCAUACCUAUAUUUUGACUUCAAAAUCACAUUAUCUUGCUUCAUAGCAAGAUACUUUAGUUCCAAGAAUAUGUCACAGUAAGGGGAAAGGAUUAUUUUAUUGUUAUAAUACUUGCCUCUAAAAUUUUAGUUUACUAGUACAUCACUAAGAAUUUUGUAUCAAUCUUGACAAAUAUUUUAGAAGUAUAUUGAGGUCUGUCAGAGAAGUUUGACAUAUUUGAUUAGUGUCUAUUCAACUCUUAAGCUGGAACAGCUUGUGCCCAUCUCUUGGGCCAUGCCAUAUCGAAAACCUCUUAAUUUUAGUCUCUGGGAGGCAGAAAGUCGUCUCUGCUAACACUAGAAAGGGGUUUACCUUUGUGUUAAGUGCUGUACCAGGGAAGCCAGAUUACAUAUUUCUUUUCCUGCUGAUAAUUGUGCAUGUAUUCAUCUUUGUGUGUAUGUUUGUACAUGUAUAUUUAUUAAUAUAUUAAUUCAUUACUCACUUAAAUCAAGAAAAAACUACUUGUUUCUUAAAUCCAUCAGUUCUGAAUCAUGCCAUAUGAAGAUCCCUGAUCACUCUGUUGUCAAAAAAAGCACUGGAUGACCAAUAUUUUCUCCCAAUAUUAGUCUGUAAUUUCCUAGUAAGUAAUAUUCGAAGGUCUUUGGUGUUCACAAUAUGGAGAUUAUGUUUUCAGUCUUGAGUCCUCGAGGACAGCCACUAUAUCCCCCCUCAUUUCUCAUCACAUUUUCAGACUAACUUAAAGGCAUCUCCCUCGAAACUGUCCUUUUAUGUUGUACAAACAAAACAAACAUCUUUAUAUUUCUUAAUAGAUGAGUAUGAUCAGAGUUUCUACAUGUAAAUACAAGACUUAAUUUCUUUUCUAGAUCAUGACAUUGAAUACGGUGUCCCAACUUGACGGUCACCUAUCUUUAUAGUUUUCUUACUAAAAUAAACAAACAUAUAAAUUGGUUAUUUUUUAGCACAGAGACUUUGUGAAUCAUACUGUAUUUUUGCACUUAAAAAAGUCAAAUUACAUUAUUUUUUCAAAUGGUAAGUAAUUGGAAAGCUAUAGAGCAGUGUGUAUUUCCGAAGAGCAUUCGCAAUAUUCCAAUGCAAAGCUAGUCAGCACAUGUAAUUCCGUCCCCCUCCACGGGAUUUCUGAUUCAGGAAAAUGAAGCUGUGUGUUCUCAACUGUCUUGUAUUUUCAGUUGCCUUCACUGAUGUAUAAGCUGUUACUGUACAUACAAAUUAUUCCUCAGUAUUCAUGAGCAAUAAUGGUCAGCGGAGGUGUCCUCAGAGAUCACCACGCUGAGCCUCUGUCAGAGACUGUCGGGGAGCAAAGUGUCAAGCUCAUUCAGAGCCUCCAGAAGAAAAGCAAGCAAUAAUUCCCAUUAAAGUAGAUCAUUCUUUCUCAGAGGGUAAAAGAAAUCCUAAUUUUAACAGCCUGAAGCAAAAGAUUUGGGGGGAAGGAGGUGAGGUUAAUCUGAAGUCACAGAUCCUAAGAGGAGGGGAAUGCAGAGGGUUGUGUCAGAACAUUCUUUCACACUUACCACCCCUUUGAUGGAUGCUGCUGCCCAAAUUACCAUUUUUGACAGCGAAUUGUAGACUGGGAUUUAUUAAAUGACUAGGUCAAGAGGAGGAACCGGGCACAUAACGUUUGAAUACUGUGGGUUUGACACCUGUUCGAAAACUAUUUGAUUAGGAAUGAUUUUUAAUCCAAGAUUUUUCUCCCCAUAAAAAGCAGACCUAAAUUGUUUACUCCCUGAUUGGAAAGGGCAGACACCUUAAGUCAUUCUCUGGUUGCCCUCAGCCCUUUCCACCUCUGUGUACCUGGUUCAAGAUAUUUUUCUGGAAUGGAAAUUCUACUGUUCAAACUGCCAUUGAGUAUGAGAAUUCGGAGUCCCUUGGGAUCAUCUCUUAGCACUCCAGUUAUCUGUCAUAUUUGCUGCUACAUUUGUAAAAUGAACUUUGCCUGUAUUGGUUGACUUUAAUCUGAUUUUCAUUUACUUUACUUCCAGGAUGUUUUGUCAUGAUUUUGACCCAUUUGUAAAAUCAGUAAACUUUGUUUUAGGAGUGCACCGUAAAAGCACACUGGUCCCUGUAUUACCAUCAUUUGGGCUUUGAAUGAUUGUUGGUUAGUUAGUUGGUGUUUCUGUUGCAAAGUAAAAAUAGAAGAAUGAGAAGUUUCUGAUCAGGCCAAACUAGAGACCUUUCAGCACUGAAGCUUCAGCUGACCUGAAGCUCUCCUAAGGGCCUUCCUUUCCUUUCUGUUGUGCAUGUAUGAGUGGUCUGGGGUUUUUCUUUUUCUGUGGGGAGUGGUGGCGGGGCAGCAACUUUGGUUUUUGUAGUAAUGAAAUAGAGGGAAAAAAUGCAGUAGUUGAUAAAUGACUGAUAAAAAACAUGUUAUGCAAUUUUAUUUUAUAAAAUUUAAGGGGAAAAGUUUUAACUUUCUGUAAAUCAUUUCUUAAAUCUGGUAAAAAAAAAAAAAGCUUAUAUUACUCCUCCAAAACAUACUUAAUUCAGGCCUUUGUCUUUGUUAAGUGCCUUUUUUUUCUUUCCUUUUUUUCCUCUCUUUCAAAACUGUUCUCAGAUACCCCAAAAUAUGGCUCAUUAGUCUGGAGAUUCAAGAGGAAGAAUCUCAAAAUUGCCAACGUCAUAUCAUGCUGUAAUCUCUUUGUUUUAUUUAUAUGUAUAUGGAUAUAUGUGUAAGAUACAUGCAUACAUAUAUAUACACAGAUAUAUAUGUGUCCAUAUGUAAUAUAUAUCAGACUGAUAGCUGCUGUACCAUUGCAUCCUUUCUGAACACUCCCCAUGUUUGUGAAACUUCUGCCUUGUUGGUUCCAUUGCUUUUAGACAAUUCAAGCGGGUGGAUUUGGAAGUUGUCUUUUUUCCUAAGAUGCUGUCUUUCCCCUUUAUCUGUUUGUAGAGGUUAACAAAAAAUAUAUAUAUUAUAUAUAAGAAGUCAGUUAUAAGCAAAAUAAACUCAGUAGACUCAUUGCCUAUUCCUGGAUGUAA